UUGUAUUUAAUAACGCAGAUACUCAACAUCCACAUAAAAAAAGAAGGUUUGGAUACACAUCCAAAUCUAUAUAGAAAGGAAUAUAUGCCACAUAUAAAUAGAGAUUAGUUUCACACAAAAACUGUUUGUAAACUGGUUUACGUUCUAAAAAUAAUCGGUCUUUAAACUAUAAGUACUAAGUUGUUGUAAUAAACCUUCAAGAACUAAUCAGAUUUUUUUUUCUCUUUUUUUUUUGUUUCUCAAUGGUUGAUGAUGAUGAUGGUGAAAGCUCUUUCAAAAGACCAGGAGCAGUGCCGUUUAACUGGGAGAUCCGACCCGGUAUUCCCAAGACCCGAGAUCCGACACCCGACGAUGGCUAUGAUGUUCCCACUCUCCUUCAACCUCCCAAAAAACUCUCUCCUCUCCAACUAAAACAACUCCCGCCGUCGUCUUCGUCGUCACCCCCGUCGUCUCCCAGACCACGCGCGGUCUCUCCCUUCGCUCCUCCUCCUCCGUACGUCAAGGCCAGACCACGGCCUGCUUCGUCGGGACCUCCGUCUCCGUACUGGCGAAGCUCAUCAGCUCGAGUCUCCGGUUCCGCUUUGCCACGGUGGCGUCUUCUCAAGUCGAUGAUCGGUGGGAUGAAGAAGAAGAGUAAGAGCCGCGACGUGAGGAAGAACGGCGAUGAGGAUUCGGCUUCGUCGGAGUCUGGCGAGUUCUACGAAACGGGGACGACGUUUUCGCCGUCGGAAGGUGGUUCGAGCAGGGGAUCGGUAGCCACGAGCUGGAGCUCGUCGUCUUCUUCUUCUUCGCCUUCUCUGAAACGUAACGAGUCGGAUCUAAGCUCGUCUGAGAGAAAAGUCAUGUUAAUGAUGGCUCGUGCGCACCUCGGUUAGACUAUGUACGUGUACAUAUGUUUCUUUCUCUUUCGUUCAAUAUGGAUUUUUUUUGGAAUAAGACCUUUCUUGUAGCUUACGUUACAUUCGUUGCCCUUAAACUAAUAGUCAAUGGCACAUCAGUUACAAAUGAUUUUUUUU